AGCUGGAGGGUGCGCGCAGGCCGCGACCUCGGCAUCCAGCUGACACACGGGGCCUCUGCCUUUCCCGGCCACUCAUCCAGCCCCGGCUGUGUGGCUCAAGAUCCUUCCCAGCUCUGAACCCCUCUCCUCAGGGCACCCCUGGCUCCUUGCCUCACCGCCCCCCCCAACUCCAUCCAGCUCAAGAAGAGGAGCCAUGGCCGGGAAGGCCACAAACCUGCUGGCCUUCGUUGCACUGGAGAUGCUAGCUGCAGGCUGCUGGGCACAGAGAACGAAGGUGCUGAGAGCCCUGGAGGGCCGGUCCAUUUCCACGACAUGCUCGUACGCACCCACCCAAGUCAGAAUGGUGAAAAGCUGGUGCGUGAAAAUUUCAGGCCAAUACUGCGACAUCUUGGUGAACAGUCUCGGUACUCGUUGGCCACGGUUCACCCUCCAGGAUUAUCCCAAGCAGAACUUCUUUAACGUCACCAUGACCGCACUCAGAGAGCAGGACACGGGAUUCUACCACUGCGGAGUCUCUGAAGUUCGCAGUGUUAUCCUCAUUCUCCAAACCUUUCAGCUGCUGGUGGCAAAGGCCUCAACCCCCACCACCACCAGCAGUGCCAGGCUGACGACCACUGGAGCCUCUGGCACCAGCCUUGUGAUUGACAGCUCUUCGGACAACAGGACGUGGAAGUUCAUCGUGGCUGGUGUGACGGUGGCUGUCUUGCUCCUGCUGGGACUUGCCAUCCUUGUGGCCCUGUACCUCAGGAAAGUGAGAGGAAGAGCGGAGAAAGGUAUGAAUGGAUCGCGCCACGUCUAUGAGGACGUUGCGGGCCAGGCGGUGGUGAGCACUGGCUUCCAUCAGAAGAAAAUCUCUGGUGUGGACACUGGGGCCAUCCACUAUGCCUCACUCAUCCAUCUAAACCACCUGGAUCUUCAACAUUCCAUCGACACCAACAAUCAGCCCAACCCAAAGCCCACACAUGACCCCCUCUUGUCUGUGGAAUACGCCAGGAUCAAUACAAAUUCCAGCUCUCCUCCCAAGCUGGCAGCCCCAGAGGCGGAGUGUAGGAAUCGAGGGCAGAGCUCGCAGGACAGUGAGCACAUGGGUACCAGCUUUGAAGAGUGACUUCGUGUACUAAGGGACCGUGCUUUCUUGCAAGGGAGAAGACGUAGGGAAAGAAAAACUCUUAGGCUGUGACUGAACAGAGAGGGUUCCUGGACCUCUGCUCUCUCCUCUCCCAGGGUCUUGAACCAAUGCCACUAGGACAGUCUAUGAGAAUAACAGCCGGGCCAGGCCUCUGCUUGACCCUAUUCUUGCCUCCCUCUGUGACCAUCACUUCCUUUCUGACUGGAUCUUGAAACCCCUGCUGAUUAUAUAAGUUCCUUAGAACCUCUAAGCCAGCUGAGGAGUUCUG